AUGGAAAAGAAAUUUUUUGAAUAUUCCGAGAAGGCUCAACGAACCUUAUCGGAAGCAAAUCAGAAAAUGUCAAAUACUGGUUUCAAAUCUAUACAAGAAAUUCGUGUCAUGAGUGAAAAUUUAUUUAAACGAAUUGAAGAAUUAGAUUCCUUAGAUUUGUCACUUGUUCCAACUCUAAGACAAGAACGAAAAGAAGCCAUUCGAAAAAUUCAAAUAUUAUGUGAUACUUUGGACCAUCAUGUUCGAUCUGUCGCUGAAUUGGAUCAACAUAAUUUCAACUUUAAAAAUUCCAAUGUGACAUGGAUGUCAUUAUUGCAACACUCUUAUUCGAUUGAGAGUGGAAAUGCAACUCCAAAUUUGGAAUUUUUGAACGAGUUGAGCAAGGUUGAUCAUAAGGAUAUUGCUUCUUCUCUGCAAACUUAUCGAUUAUUUAUGAAUGAAUUUCAUCCCUUAUCACUGGAUGUUAAAACACGAAAAGAGGAAUUUCAAAAACUCAUUACUGACAGUUUCAAGUUAUUGCUUAACAUUGUUCAAAUUGUUCAACCAUUCUAUCAACAAUUGUCUCCAAUUACGCAUGCACAACAAGUGGCCAAUCAAUUCAUCCAAACUGUGGAAUCACAAUGGAAAACUAACGGUCUUGCUUCACUCGCCAACACCAUCGUUCCAAAUUCAACUUGUACCUAUUCGCAACUCUGUGCUCAUCAUGUGAACGUUCUCAAAAAAACCAUUGUACAAUUAGAGACAUCCAAAGACAGUUCACUCUUAAAAGAAGUACGAUCGAUUCACAUUUCUCAAUCCAUGAAGGCACUUGUCAAGUUGGAAAUGUUAUCAAAUUUAUUGAACAUUUGUCCAGUAUUGCAGAGCGUGAGUGAAUUAUUGGCCAACAAUGGAAAUCAUGUGACCUCUCUGAAACAAGCUCAAUCCCAAUUACAAGGAAUUUCCAAGAUGGUUGAAAAUUUGAAAUAUGAAGAAGGUCUUGAUGAUUUGUAUUAUUUACAAAUUGCUCAGACUCAAAGCUCAUACAUGUUCAUGAGUUCACAAUUACCAUCCAUUAUUUCAUUUUUCACAUCUAUUGAAGAAUUUUCUAAACACAACAAGAAUUGGUAA